AGAGGAAUCCUUCAGCCACAAACGAGGCAGCGGCAGAGAGGAGAGGCUAAAGAGAAACACGCAGAGAGGUGUCAAGUCAAAGGAACCACAUUUAGGACUCAGUUCAAGUAGUAGACGGCGCUGUUCCUUCAUCAGGUGGUCAGCUGACUCACCGAGGCGAGGAUUAUGUCCAAACCCGUGACCAACGUGAAGGCCUUGCAGGCUAAUCUGAACAUCCCGAUGGGAGCGCUGCGUCCGGGGGCGGGACUUCCUGUCAAGAGGAGAGAGGAGACAGCGGACACAGAGGAGGCUCAACCACCAGAACUACCAAUGCGUCCCCCGUCACUAGAAGAGAAGAAAUCUUUGCAGAAGCUACCAGGCCCGGCGGUCAACCUAUCGGAGCUACAAAACAAAAAGAGUGAACUACGAUGGGUCACCAAGGAGUAACAUGAAAUUGAGCCGAAGAGGAUGGACGAUAAUCUCCACAAACUCGGACUUUCCUUCUGUUGUGAAAGAGUAGAAACACUGCAGCUACAAGAUAUCAGAGGAACCCCAACAAUCUGUCUAAAAUUACCUCUAAAAACGUUCCCUAAUUCAAUAUUUCAGAUUAAAAUACACAUUUAAGCUAAUUUAUAAUUUUUUAAAGUAGAAAUAUUCUGUUUCUGCUACAGUUUGGGUUUGAACUCACUGAAUAAGAUGAGAGGCGUCAGCCAUUAUUUAAGUAUUUUAGGGUUUGUUUAGUUUAUUAGUUUAGAAUGAAACACAUUUAAAGAAUCCUCCUUUAUCCCAAAACAAAAUUAACUAACAUUGUAGCAGUAAACUUUUAGGCACUUUAGCUUUUUAGGGCCGCGUUAGUUGGGUUGAGUAG